AUGUGUUCAAAUUUAUCAAAGUUUCAAAAGAAGACUAGCCGUGCAGCAUUUAACGAAUGGAACAAUACAGCAAAUAAACGUAAAGUAAUCAACAAAUGGCUACAAAACGAAAAUCAACCAAUUACUCAAACAACUCCUCUAUCAAUCCUUCAUUACAACAUUAGAUACUUUUAUUCAAACCAAAGUGAAUUAUUGGACAUCAUAUCUCGUUUCAAUCCAAUGAUUAUCUCAUUAAAUGAAUUAGGAACGUACGUAUCGGAAAAAGCAAUCAAACAACACUUAUUCUCGUACAAUAUUUUUACAAGCAGAGGCACAAAUUCACAUGGUGGGGUCGUACUUGCAAUUGAUAAAAAAUUUAAUGUAAUUCAACUGGAUAUCAAUGAACUAAAUAUAAUAGCGGUUCAACUUAUUUAUAACAAUCAAACAUAUCUUAUAGUAUCAACUUAUUCACCACCACAAGAACCCUUACCAUUACAAAUCAUGUCCUUUUUCAUAAAAAACUUCAAACAUAUUAUAAUUGUAGGUGACCUUAAUGCAAAACAUGAAAACUGGGGAUGUACCUCAACAAAUCAAAAAGGAAGAGACCUGGCAAAUUGGCUGGAUAGUACUAACAUGCUUGAAAUACAAAAUCAAGGAAUGAAAACGUCUUUACGAUCUAAUACAACUAUCGAUUUAAUAUUAACAACUUCAAAUCUAUCAAUAUCUCAAUGUCAAACACUUCCAUAUAACUGUAGUGACCACCUACCAAUACUUUUCUCAUUAAAUGAAGUCCUAGUGCACAAUGGAACGUUCAGUAUCACAAAAACCUAUUGGGAAAUUUACAAAAUUCUACUAGUAACCUUUCAACCUUACAUACAACAAGAAUAUGAAUCAAAUUUUUCAAACAAUCCCACUGGAUGGUUUCAAUUAUUUCAAAAAUUCUUAGUUGCAGUUAAACGUAGAGCAACAAACCUGCACACAGCUAAACAACAACGUCCUACGAUAACACCAUCAAUCAGAGCUAUGAUCAAACACAAGCAUUAUCUACAAAACAAGUACCGGCACAGCAAAUCGGAAGAAGAUAGAGUAAGACUACGCUCAUGGAGCAAACUGGUCCAACAUGAACUAAAGUCCCUGACACAAACCAAAUGGAUGAAAUUUAUUAAUCAAGUGGCAUCUCCGAAUCCAAAGAAAUUUUGGCAAUCAGUUAAAUGCCUUAACAAAAACAAAUCCUGCACCUUCUCAGCAAUCAAUGAAGACAAUCAAAUUUAUAAAACAUCUGAAGAGAUAUUGAAUAUUUUAUAUAAUCAAUUCUCAAAAAGGUUCACUGCCCCUACAUUAAACCCCAAUAACACCUUAGAUACAUUAACUACUGCUUUAUGGAGCAAACUAUCAAAUGGUGAUCAAAAUGACAUCGAAUUAGUAUGUAUAAAUUCUGACUUAAAUUUCAACAUAAAUGACCUACGAUCAAUUAUAAAAACCUUAAAAAGCACAAACUCAUCCAGUUUUGAUGAAAUAACCAAUAAUAUCGUGAAAAAUAUUCCUGAAUGUUACUAUUCAAUCAUCAUCUCCGCAUACAACUCGUUAUUUAGAAAUGCUUCUUGGGAUGUCAGUUGGAAACAAGCAAGAACAAUAUGCCUCAACAAAGUAACUGAUCCUGCUCCUACCACCAAUCAACUUAGACCUAUAUCGUUACUUCCAACGUUUAGUAAACUGUACGAAAAACUGUUCCUAUUAAAGUUCAAUAAAUGGCUUCAAUCAAAUAACAUUUUACCAAAUCAACAAUCCGGUUCAAGAUCUCAUCUAGGUACGUUAACAAGAGUAAAUCACAUCAUUGAACAAUUAAAUCAAUCUCUAAAUCACAAUACUUUUGCGGUGGUGGUGUACGUUGACUUCCUUCAAGCAUUCGAUCGUCUUUGGCAUCAAGGACUUGUCGCAAAACUCCACAAUUUACAUUGUCCACUUGCAUACCUAUUUUGGAUCAUCAACUAUUUCAAAGAUCGUACAAUUACUAUUGAUUAUCAGGGUAGUCUAUCAAAGCAAGUCUGUGUGUCCAGAGGAGCCCCACAAGGAUCCUGCUUUGGACCUGUAGCAUACAUUGUGAAUCACUAUGAUCUACCAAUGAUCUUUAACAAUCCUCAAGAUAUUCAUCUAUACGUAGAUGAUUUAGCCAUUAUUUACUCUCCAUCUAUCUAUCUGAAAUUUUCAAAACAAGUAAUAGAAAUCCAAUCUAGAAUAAAUUAUGAUUUACUGAAACUUGAAGAAUAUGCCGAAGCCAACAAGCAACCAAUAAACAUUAACAAGACCAACUUCGUCAUAUAUCACAGAACAGUGCAAGUACCGAAAAUACAAUUAACUUAUCAAAAUCAACCUAUUGUAAGACAGAAUUCGUUUAAAUACCUUGGAUUCCAUAUUGACUCGAAACUAUCCUUUAACAUUAUGAUCAACAAUCAACUAGUUAAAUUAAGAAAAUCUUAUUCAAUAUUAAAAUAUAUCCACUGUGCCUUUCCCACCUUUUUUGAACUUAAAAUGAAAUUUUUCCAGACUUAUACAUGGCCUCAUCUAUACAUGCUUGCUUCUAUUUAUUGUUUGUUCUCAAAUACUAGUAAAAAUCGAAUCAACUCAUUUUACAGACGUUGCCAGAGACUCAUUUACUGUUCUUACAGAAUAUCAAAUGAUACCCUUCAUGAUACAUUAAAAAUACCAACUCUAACUGAUAAAUUUCAAAGAUGCUUACAAAAAAGACUGAAGAAUAUACAAUCUCAUGAAGAAGAGUUAGUAAACUGCUAUUUACUCUACAAGAAAGUUAUAAACGAUUUAAGUGUACACUACAAAAUCAAACCAUUUAUUCCUAGCCUUCCAAUUGGUAGACCAAAUAAACGAAUUAUAAAAUUAACUGAAAUGGACAACACCACCUACUUCGAUAAACUAUGUAACUUUACAUGGGCAGCCUGA